AUGCAGCUGACUUCGUAUCCACUUCAACCAACCCCUUUUGACCGCGACCCCAUGAGCGACGAUCUCUCCAGUUUUCUACCAAAGUCAUUCGGCAAGAGCGCCCCCAGCAAAAAGAAUGCACAACAACACACGCAACCCGAAGGUCUUGAAGACGAAGAUCUAGAUCCACUUCGCCAAUUUCUUCCAGUUUCAUUUGGCAAAAAAGAAAAGAAGCAGGACUUCUCGGCACAGUUUGCAAAAACCAAACGAGAGGAUGCAGCAGUUGAAUUGAAACGACAACGAGUGGGUUCUACCGAAGCACCUGUACCAACGCAAUCAUCAACCAUUCAAGACGGCUAUGACGACAAUGACGAUGACGAUGAUGAUGAUGAUGAUGAUGACGAUGAUAUGGAUGACGAGGAAGAGGAAAAUGUACUACCCAUCACGCAUGAGAUUAAGCUCAAGGAUCACCAUCGCACUGUAUCAGCACUUACACUUGAUCCAGCAGGUGCACGUCUUAUUUCAGGUGGCUAUGAUUACGAUGUCAAGUUUUGGGACUUUGCAGGCAUGGAUCAAUCAUUUCGACCGUUUCGCAGUAUCGAACCAUGCGGUGGCAAUCAAAUUCACGACCUUCAAUACUCAUUGACUGGCGACUCGUUUUUGAUCAUAUCUGGAAUGUCUGUUGCCAAGCUAUACAACCGAGACGGCAAUGAAAUAUGUGAAUACAUGAAAGGCGAUCCCUACAUUCGUGAUAUGCGCAACACGGAUGGUCACGUCGCUGCAUUGACGGGUGGUGUUUGGCAUCCUAACGAUCGACAAUAUUUUGCCACAUCGUCACAGGAUGGUACUUUGCGGAUAUGGGAUGUCGACAGAAAACGCAAGCAAAAGAGUGUCAUCGCUUACAAGUCACGUGAACGAGGUGGUCGAUCAGCUGCUACAGCUCUUACUUAUACACACGACGGCAAAUUGAUUGCAGGCGCUUUCCAAGAUGGUACAAUCAACCUUUGGGGUGCAGAUGGCCCAUUUGUACGUGCAUCAAUUUCGAUCCCAGAGGCACACAUGAAGUAUACAGAGACAUCUUCGCUUGUCUUUUCUCGUGAUAAUCGCACAUUGGUUAGUCGAGGUGGUGAUGAUUCAGUCAAAGUAUGGGAUAUUCGAAAUGCAAAGAAGCCCGUGAGCACUGCAUACAAUCUCGAAACGGUCAAUCCCGAAGCAAACGUGAUCUUCAGCCCUGAUGAGCGGAUGAUUUUGACAGGUACAUCUGUGCCAAAGGGUGAAGGAUAUGGAAAGCUCGUCAUGCUGGAUCGAGAGACGCUUGAAGUUCAACGUUCUAUGGGCAUUACAAAAUCCAGUGUUGUUAAGGUCCUUUGGAAUCCACGCAUUAAUCAGAUCAUCACUGGAAGUGCGGAUGGUGCUAUCAGUGUAUUCUACAGCCCCACUCAUUCUGCCCGAGGUGCCAAACUUUGUGUGGUGCGUGAAGCUAAGCGACAAGCUGUGGAUGAUUACGAGAUCAAUCGCCCCAUUAUUACACCCCACGCUCUUCCCAUGUUCAAAGAUGAUCAACCAAGAAGCUCAAAACGGAAAAGAGAGAAACUUCGACAAGAUCCCAAGGUUUCCCAUCGUCCAGAAAUGCCUGUCAAGGGACCUGGCAAAGGUGGUCGUGUGGGUGUCAACGAGCAACAAUCAGUCAUUGCAAGCUUCUCUAGAGAUACUACACGAGAUGAGGAUCCCCGUGAAGCAUUGCUCAAGUAUGCCGAAGCUGCUGAAAAGGAACCCAUGUGGGUUAGCAAUUUGUACAAAAAGACUCAACCAAAACCCGUGUUUUCAAAUGAACAAGAAGAAGAGAAUGAUGAAAAGAAGAAAAAGUAA